GUUGCCUCGGCGCCGCACCGCUUUUCCAAGAUGGCCGCCGCUGCCGGUGCCGUGGCGGUCGCGGGGCCGGCUGAAGGCAAGAAGAUCGCCGACCUGCGGGUCAUCGACCUCAAGUCCGAGCUGAAGCGGCGGAACUUGGACGUCAACGGAGUCAAGACGGUGCUGGUGUCCCGGCUCAAGCAGGCUAUUGAAGAGGAAGGAGGCGAUCCAGAUAAUAUUGAAUUAACUGUUUCAACUGAUACUCCAAACAAGAAACCAACCAAAGGCAAAGGUAAAAAACAAGAAGCAGAUGAGUUGAGUGGAGACGCUUCUGUGGAAGAUGAUGCUUUUGUCAAGGACUGUGAGUUGGAGAAUCAAGAGGCACAUGAGCAAGAUGAAAGUGACGAAAUAAAGGAUUCUGAAGAAUUUGGUGAAAAUGAAGAAGAAAAUGUGCAUUCCAAGGAAUUACUUUCCGCUGAAGAGAACAAGAGAACUCAUGAAUUAAUAGAGACAGAAGCAAUAGAAGAUAUAGAAAAAGAGGACAUCGAAAGUCAGGAAAUUGAAGCUCCAGAAGGUGAAGAUGAUACCUAUCUAACGGCCCAAGAUGGUGAGGAAGAGGAAAAUGAGAAAGCUAUAGCAGGUUCUGGUGAUGGUACACAAGAAGUAUCUAAACCUCUUCCUUCAGAAGGGAGCCUAGCUGAAGCUGGCCACACAGCUCCCGAAGAGAUGGAAGCUAAUGCGACUGGGAAAGAAGCUGAGGAUGACAACAUCUCGGUCACAAUCCAGGCUGAAGAUGCCAUCACUCUGGAUUUUGAUGGUGAUGACCUCCUAGAAACAGGUAAAAAUGUGAAAAUUACAGAUUCUGAAGCAAGUAAGCCAAAAGAUGGGCAGGACGCCGUUGUACAGAGCCCUGAGAAGGAAACCAAGGAUUAUGAGAUGAAUGUGAACCAUAAAGAUGGUAAGAAGGAAGACGGCGCGAAGGGCGAUCCUGUCGAGAAGGAAGCCAGAGAAGGUUCUAAGAAAGCAGAAUCUGGAGACAAAGAAAAGGAAACUUUGAAGAAAGGGCCCUCAUCUACUGGGGCCUCUGGUCAAGCAAAGAGCUCUUCAAAGGAAUCUAAAGACAGCAAGACAUCAUCUAAAGAUGACAAAGGAAGCACAGGUAGUACUAGUGGUGGCAGUGGAAGCUCAACUAAAAAUAUCUGGGUCAGUGGACUUUCUUCUAAUACCAAAGCGGCUGACUUGAAGAACCUCUUUGGCAAAUAUGGGAAGGUGCUGAGUGCAAAGGUAGUUACAAAUGCUCGGAGCCCUGGGGCGAAGUGCUAUGGCAUUGUCACGAUGUCUUCCAGCACAGAGGUGUCCAGAUGCAUAGCCCACCUCCAUCACACUGAGCUGCAUGGACAGCUGAUUUCCGUGGAGAAAGUAAAGGGUGAUCCUUCUAAGAAAGAAAUGAAGAAAGAAAACGAUGAAAAGAGUAGCUCAAGAAGUUCUGGAGAUAAAAAGAAUGCAAGUGAUAGAAGUGGAAAAACGCAAACCUCUGUCAAGAAAGAAGAGAAAAGGCUAUCGGAAAAAUCUGAGAAGAAAGAGAGCAAGGAUAGUAAGAAAAUGGAAAGUAAAGAAGAGAAGAGUGACAAUGGAACGAGCGGCCAGACCUCAGAGCUGACGAAGAAAAGUGAAGAAAAGAAGCGAAUAAGUUCAAAGAGUCCAGGACAUAUGGUAAUAUUAGACCAAACUAAGGGAGAUCAUUGCAGGCCAUCAAGAAGAGGAAGACACGAGAAAAUUCAUGGAAGAAGCAAGGAGAAGGAGAGAGCCAGCCUAGAUAAAAAGAGGGACAAAGACUAUAGGCGGAAGGAGAUCUUGCCUUUUGAAAAGAUGAAGGAACAGAGAUUGAGAGAACACUUAGUUCGUUUUGAAAGGCUACGGCGAGCAGUGGAACUUCGAAGACGAAGAGAGAUUGCAGAAAGAGAGCGUCGAGAGCGAGAACGAUUUAGAAUAAUCCGUGAACGGGAAGAACGGGAGCGCUUACAGAGAGAGAGAGAGCGCCUAGAGAUUGAAAGGCAGAAACUAGAGAGAGAGAGGAUGGAACGAGAACGCUUGGAAAGGGAGCGCAUUCGCAUUGAACAGGAGCGGCGGAAGGAGGCGGAGAGGAUUGCCCGGGAGCGUGAGGAGUUGCGGCGGCAGCAGCAGCAGCUGCGUUAUGAGCAGGAGAAGAGGAACUCUCUGAAGCGGCCGCGGGACGUGGACCACAGGCGCGAUGAGCCUUACUGGAGCGAGAGUAAGAAGCUGUCCCUGGACACAGAUGCCCGCUUUGGCCACAGCUCCGACUACUCACGGCAGCAGAACAGGUUCCACGACUUUGACCACCGUGAGCGGGGCCGCUUCCCUGAUGGUGCAGCUGUGCCUUCGUCCUCUUUCGAUCGGCGCGAGCGCUUUGUUGGUCAAAGUGAAGGGAAGAAAACUCGGCCAACUACACGAAGAGAGGACCCCAGCUUUGAGAGAUACCCCAAAAACUUCAGUGACUCUCGAAGGAACGAGCCACCCCCGAGAGCCGAGCUGCGGGACACAGAGCGGAGAGAUGUGCGGGGCGAGCGGGACGAGCGGAGGGCAGUGCUUCUGCACGACAGGCCCGACCUGCCGCCCCCCAGGCACCCUCGGGACACUGGCCCGGGCCCAUCCAGACCCACAUCCUGGAAGGGCGAGGGUGGCCUGGCCGCCGACAAGCGGGAUGCCAGAGUGGAGAGGCCCGAGCGCUCGGCGAGGGACGUGUCACACAGUGUUCGGGGUGCUCCGCCUGGGGGUCGCGGCACCGCCUCAGGCUAUGGCGGCAGGGAUAGUGACCGAGGGGUCAUCUCGGAGCGAGGUGGUGGGGCCCAGCACUACGAGGAGCGGCACAUGGUGGAGCGCCACGGCCGGGAUGCAGGUGGUCCACGGAAGGAGUGGCACAGCCCGCCGGCCCAGGGGCCCGGCUACCACGACAGCAGGCGCCUGGGUGACAGCAGGGCGGGCGCAGUGCUGGGCCAGCACUCGAGCACCGCCUCUCCGAUCAGCAGGAUCGUGCCCAUGGGGGGCGGCUCGCUAUCCCGUGGAAGUGGCUCCGGCUUCAAGCCCUUUAAGGGUGGCCCCCCACGCCGCUUCUGAAAUAUUUAUUGAAACCUCCCAUGGACUCUGACUGUGCUGGAAGAGAAUCCUCUGCCCGCUGUGCCCGAGAGUUCCACAGACUUUUUAUUUUCUUUUUUAAAAAAUUUAACAUGAUUGCUUUUCUCAAUUUUAGAGAAGACGUUUAAAUAGUUCUGUUGUAAUUUUUCAUAGUUCUGUGUCCCAUUGAGCUUUUCUUUCCUGCAGCACCGCAUACCCUGGAAGGUAGGGGUGCCGGGCUCCGGGGUUCUUCCACCAAGCACCUCGGCCUCCACGGUGAAGGCUGGCUCAGUGCAGAUGUCUGCUGUUUGGUUUUUAGAGAUAAGAAUGUUCCUUGAAUUUCUGAGUAUUAUGUAACCUAUUUUUGCAGAAGGUACUGUUACAUUAAGUGCAUCUGUGUAACCUGGUUAAAAAUGUAAUCUUUUUUGAAAUAAACCUUCAUAUUCUGUA